GAUGCUCCGCUGUUCACGACAGAUGAAGAGAGUGGAUAUGUAAAUAUAUGUUGACGUAAAAGCGACGACAACCGUAACGGCGCGGGGACGUCUGCUUUAGAGAAUGCUACUGUAAUCAAAUAUCACGCCUGCAUUAGUUCAUAGCAGUGAACAAGUUGGCCUAUUUGUUCUGCUUGUUAGGUAUCUAGUGUUUAACCUUGAAUCAUAAUUCUGGGCCUAUAUCCAGCUCCUUCGUUUGAUUAGAAAAUGCCUCUCGUACAGAAUCAACAACCCGGAAUUCUGACAGAAACGGCAAUGGGAUCAUUCAAACAGAGGAAACAGAAGUCCAUCGUGGUCACUGUGAUGUUGCUCAUUGUGUCUGUGCUCAUCCUUGUCUUCGGACUGGCAGCCACCACCAGGACACAGAACAUCACCGUCGGUGGCUACUACCCAGGAGUCCUUCUGGGCUUAGGCUCCUUUCUCGGAAUCAUCGGAGCCCAUUUGAUAGAAAAUAAGAGGCAGAUGCUGGUGGCGUCCAUUAUGUUCAUCAGUUUCGGAGUGGUGGCUGCCUUCUGCUGUGCCAUUGUGGAUGGGGUGUUUGCAGCAAGACACAUUGACCUUAGACCCUACUACGCCGGUCGCUGUGAUUUCCACGCGAAUUCAAAACCCUCUGUUGAUUAUGAAGAUGUUCACUGCCAGACAGCAUCCCGGGCUACCUGUAACUUACGUGUGAAAUCCAAUACCUGUUACUGCUGUGACCUCUACAACUGUGGCAAAUCUCGUCCACCCACCUCUCCCACACACUGGCCCAGCCGUAUGGAGCUUAUGGGGGGCUACCAUGAGUACACGGAGGUGGGGAGCUGCGAGGAUGUGGUGCACCUCUACCACCUGCUGUGGUCCGUCAUCAUUCUCAACAUUGUCGCUCUCUUCCUGGGCAUCAUUACCGCCGCCGUGCUGGGAGGUUUCAAGGACUUGACGCCCAUGUUGACCCCUGACUCGUGUGAAUCAGAGCCCCUUCCUGCAGCCUCUUUCCCCUUAGAGUUUCCAGUUCCCAGCACCCCCUCGUUCAACUCCUACUACAACACUGCUCCCUACCUGCCACCCUACACUGCCUACGACCUGCAGGGCUCCAGCAUGAUGUUCCCUGACUCUUCUGGCCUGUCUGACUCCCAGUCAGGGGCUAGCCGCAUAGGGGCCAGCCGCAUGUGGCCCACCCUGGUCCCCCCAAGCUACUCUCCCCCUUACUCCCCCUCCGAUGAGAAGCCCCCACCAUACAGCCCCUAGGAGAGUGGCUGGUCCUGGGAAAGAACAGGGGAGGGCAACAACAUUAACAACAAUGGGCAUUGAUGGGUGUUGGUGGGCCUUGAAUAUUAACCUGUUUGAAAGAGAGCUGCUGCUACAUCUGGUGCUCCAUACCGUUCUAAAGCAGCCAAGCCUGCCUGGGCKUUGUUGUGUAUACAGAGACAAGGAGUUACUGGAAGAAAAAAAUAGCAUGCGUCACUGAUGUGACUAGAAGCCAGUGCCAUUUGUCAUAGGAGGGCUGCAAGGUUCAUUCAUCCCCCAAUAAGUAUAGCCUGUUAGGAUUCAUUUCAGCCCAACCUGGAUGGAGCGGGGGAUAUAACAAGAUGCUGCUUGCCCUACACACUUUUCUCAGCAGACUCUCUAUCAAUGCCAGUUCGCUCCCUACAUCUUUCCCUUGGCCCUAACUAUUCUAUGUUUGCAGGGGUCUGGAUAGGUAUAAGCAGUGCAGUGGGGGAUGUAAACAUCCUAUCGUUUACACCUUAAAGUUCUGCAAACAUCGAAGAGUUAGAGCCAAGGUGCAAAUUGGGAUCGGCUGUACGUGUAUUGAAAACAAGCUUACGUCAUGGCCAAAAGUUUUGAGAAUGACACAAAUAUUAAUUUCCACAAAG